GGACCAUUCAAUUGACUGACCAUGAGAGGCUCUGUGGUUAACCUAUCUCAGCUAAAGAACUCGAUCCUUUUCCUCUGAGCCAAGAGACCAAUGGCAGCUAAGAUAUUAUCCUCACAUCCCCACCCUCUCACUUCUCUCUCUCUUCCUUCCUCCAACAGGGACUUCUUCACCCACCACCAUAAACCAUGGCUCCGACCUGCUUGGAAUCCCACAAGACCCAAGAGGCUACUACUUCGUGUCUCUCUCCAGGACCCACAUGUCUUAUCUUCUUCUUCUUCUGCUCUUGUGGAGCAGCUUCACCACCUCUACCACCAUAACCCAUCCUCGCUCAUAUUACUUGCAGAUACAGCAAGUUAUUCCUUGGCUAGCUACUAUACUUCAUUGGGUCUCUUUGUCAUCUCAGUUCCUGGCCUAUGGUCCCUCAUCAAGCGCUCUGUCAAGUCCAAGAUUGUGCAGAAGACGUUUAUAGGUGAAGGAGAAGGGAAAAAGGCACCUAAUUUUGUCGCAGGAGAAAUCCUAUCUUUCUUCACCCGCAACAAUUUUGUGGUGACUGAUAGAGGAGAGACCAUUACAUUUGAAGGCAUGAUGGUUCCAAGCCGAGGCCAAGCAGCAUUGCUAACUUUCUGCACCUGCAUCAGCAUGGCAAGCGUGGCCCUUGUUCUUACAAUAACUGUUCCUGAUUUUGGCAAUAAUUGGUUCUGGCUUACGAUCCUAAGUCCAUUGGCAGGAGCUUAUUACUGGAAACGAGCAUCAAGAAAGGAGCAAAUCAAGGUUAAAUUGAUGGUUGCAGAAGAUGGGACCCUUUCAGAGAUCGUCGUUCAAGGAGAUGACCAGCAAGUAGAGCAGAUGAGAAAGGAGCUUCAGCUGAGUGAAAAAGGCAUGGUGUAUGUCAAGGGCAUCUUCGAGAGAUGACCGAUAUUUCUUUUACUAGAAAAAAAUAGAUUGUAAACAAAAAACCCACACAGAAUUGGCUCGAGCUGUACCAUUAGAAUUUGACCUGUACCUUUGUGCUCAAACAAUUCAAAGUAUUAGUCACAGAUAAGAGGUCAUGGCAUGAGGUUUCUUAAAAACAAUAAGUGAUAUUUAUUAAAAUUAAAUUUUAUGAGUUGUAGAGAAA